AUGUCAACUUUGAUCGCCCGUCACUUGCCCAGAGUGUGCAGGGGUUGGCUAGUGCCGGCUGCAAACUCGGGGACUUCGCCUCUCGUGUGCCAACACUCUCAACCACAUGCAAAGUUGAAGCAUUGCAAGUCUCUGAAGGUCUUAUGUACUGCGAUCGCUUUCCUGAAGCCAUCAGGUGGUUUGGAAAAACAGGACUUGGACAUGCUGUCUCAGCGCUGUAGAUCCACUCGCUUUGUUUCUCGUGACAAGACGAAGCCUGAUGCUCUUCGAUUGUUUGACUUUUUGGAUGCCGUGCUGACGCUUGGACAGCGAGCAUAUCCUGAAAUGCACCCACGUAUGGUGGUCGAGCAGGUACUAUCACAAUUGACCUGA